CCGGAGAGAACACCUCACAAGCUUUAAUAAAACCGUAAUCCUCUUGGCUCUCAACAGCAGAAAUCAUCAGCUCGGAGAAUGGAAGAAGAAGAGGAGACCCUGACUCAUGCUGUCAAGUCAGUUUGCCUGCAACAGCGGAGCAUCGAGGAUGACACGUUCAGGCUGUAUUUGGUCACAUGGAAUGUGGCCACAGCAGAACCACCAGAUGACAUCACUUCACUGCUUCAACUCCAUUCGCCAAAGAAAGCAGACCUUUACAUGAUUGGUCUCCAGGAGGUGAGGGCAGCUCCUCUGAAGUUUGUCACGGAUUUGGUCUUUGAGGACUCAUGGAGUCACCUCUUCAUGGCCAGGCUGAGCCCUCUAGGCUAUGUGAAGGUGUCGUCCAUAAGAAUGCAGGGCCUUCUCUUACUCCUCUUCUCCCGUCUGGAGCACAUCCCGUUUAUCCGUGACAUCCAGGCCACCUACACUCGAACGGGCAUCUACGGAUUUUGGGGUAAUAAAGGUGGAGUGUCCAUUCGUUUUUCCUUUUAUGGUCAUAUGCUGUGUCUCCUCAACUGUCACCUGGCAGCACACAUGAAAUACGCCACGGAGCGCGUGGACGAAUUUGAAUACAUCCUGGAUUCCCAGACCUUCGAGUCCAAAAAUGCUCCGAACAUCCUUGACCACAAGAUGGUCUUUUGGUUUGGAGAUUUGAAUUUCCGUAUCGAAGACCAUGGCAUGCACUUUGUGCGAUCUUGUAUCGAAAAGCAAGAGUUCAGCCUCCUGUGGUCCAAGGACCAGCUAACUAUGAUGAAGAAGAAGGAACCAGUCUUACAACAGUUUGAGGAAGGACCUUUGGAUUUCCAGCCAACCUACAAGUUUGAUCUGUUCUCAGAGACUUACGACUCCAGUGGGAAGAAGCGGAAACCUGCCUGGACGGACAGGAUUCUGUGGUGGGUAAAGCCCAAAACCCCUCUGACGGACCAGAGUAAUGAAGAUGAUGAUGAUGAGGAGGAGGAGGGCUUGAUGAAGGAGCAGAAGAAAAAACUUCUGGAGCAGGUCGAGGAAGAAUAUCCUCUCAAAGUGACGCAGGACACGUACACUUGUAACAUGGAAUAUGGCAUCAGUGAUCACAAACCUGUUAUCGGCAUCUUCCGACUAGAGUUGAGGAAGAUGUAUGAAACGCCGCUGGUACAGCUGUCUGCUGAAGGAGAAUGGAGUGCAGAUUUUGAUGCCAUGGUAACCUACACUGUACUGCAGCCAUUCCCCUCCAGUACCUGGGACUGGAUUGGCCUCUAUAAGGUGGGGUUCAAAAGUCUUUCUGACUACAUCACCUACACCUGGGUGAAGGAUGAUCAAGUUGCCUUCAAUGGUGAACUCUUUCAGGUUUACAUGAGCAAGGAGGAGAUUCCGGUUCUGGGAGGACAGUGUAUUCUCUGCUAUUACAGCAGUGUGCUCCAAUGCAUUGUGGGUAUAAGUCAACCUUUCAAGGUGCAGGAAUCCAAAGCAGCCAUUGAAGAGGGUCUUAUUCCUGAAAAUAUUAAUGGACUUGACCAGACCAUACGUAGUUAAGACCAAAUGCGGUAUUUCUUGGAGCCAGUUGUACCGUCACACUGUGUCUCACUGUCCUUGCAUUCUUCCUUGGAAAUUCCGGUCCUUGGCAGUGUGGUGAAAUAUCUGGGAUUUUCCAAAAUGCCCAAAGUGCAAUUUCCCUUGAAAUGUUACUGAAUGACUGAUGUGUUAUCUUUUAUAAUAACGACGACUUGUGUCCUUCUACAGAUGUUUUUCGGGACUGUACCCCAGACAGAUGUUUUGUUCACGAAAUGUUCAG